AUGCCAUCUCCAGCGCUCCCGGGUCUGUUCUUCGCGUUCGCCGCCGCCGUCCUCCUCCUCUUUGCAUCCGUGACCCCGCCAGCGUGGGACAAGUAUGGCUUCCUCGAGGUCACCAGCGGCGCGGCCACGACCGUCUUUGGCGUGUUUGGCACAUGUAUCCGCGGAGGAGCGUGUACCAAGCACCAUGUUGGGUACCCGCUCGAGGCGCAGGGCGUUAGCGUCGACAUGAACACGUCCAUCCUCCACAACCUGACAUACACGUUCAUCCUGCACCCCAUCGCGGGCGGCUUGGCGUUUUUGGCCUUUCUCUUCGGCAUCCUCGGCGUCGGCGCGGCCUCGCGCGUGGGCACGAUCCUCAUGUCCGUGUGUGCCUUUUUCGGCACGCUCGCCGCCGUGGUCGUGUUCGUCAUUGACAUGGUCGUGUGGAACGUCCUGCACAACCGUCUGACGUCGAGCAACGUCCCGUCGAGUCUGGGCAUUGCAAACUGGCUCACUGCCGGCGCCGUCGCCGCCCUCCUCCUCUCGACGUGUACGGGCAUGUGUGGCUCGUGUGGCCGGUUCGCCACGGGACGUAUGGCGGGAGAGAAGUACUAA